CCGAGGACCUUUUACAACAUGCUAAAAAAAACAAUAAACACUUUGACAGAGCUGGCGGUAGUCGUAAAGACGGUACUGCUCUGGAUCCCGUACUGUGCAAGCAUCUUGUAAACUGUCUCUUGGAGUAUUCCAAGAUUAUCGACAAUGCUGACAAGUCACAAACCGAAUUGCACAACCAUUAUCGACGAGAUAGGGCAUCGCACAAUCUCGCUGAUUAUUGUGGGGUGGGGACUACUAGUUUGGAUCAAGCCAUUAUCAACGAAUCAGUGAAUAGCAUCACGCAGUUUCUCGACAUGAUGGAGCAGAAUUCACGCGUUCUUUCGCCAGAAUGCCUAAAAAAGGUUUCAGAGAAAUGUAUUCCAAUGUUGGGCGAUGCGCGUUUCCUGAAUUUGAUUGGUCGAGUAAUACGGGCGGCAACAUGCAGUGUUUUUGAAGAUAAGAUGGCGUUAUCGGAAACCUUUAUAGAGGAAUUAAUAUAUUAUAAACACGAGUCGUUUGAAUCAUUAGACGAUGAAGCAAAAUUCGGAGUAUGGGCAUGCUUUCCUGCCGCUGCUGAAUUUGAGAUUAUGAACCUUUUUCAAGGUUUCCUGUCCACCAGUGACCAGGCCUAUGUCUCACCUUGGCAGAUAAGAAAGAGUCUACGUGCUAGUCCUUUUAUUCGAGGCAUAUUUGCACGUCCGCGUCUUUUACACAUAUCUAUCGAAAUUUUGGUCAACAUUCUAAAUGAAAUGGAAGAUUGGCGCGUAGUUAGAUUAGCGGGAUAUUUAGUAGAGUGCAUUUUUGACCGUUCCAUUGCCACAGGAGGAUCACUGGUAUCAGAGUCAUCAACAGAUUCGUUGGAUAUAUUGAUUGGUUAUAUAUCAAGAGAAGAACCCAACGUGCGAACUAUAUCGAAAGUAAACGCCAUUAGAAACAAUAUAUCUUUGGAAUGCCGACCUGCAGAGAUUUAUAAACGGAAGCAAUGUGUUUGGUUACUCUUAAUGUCUCUGAACAAAUGGCGUUAUUGGAUCAUUCGAACCAUUUUCGACAGAAAUAGUUUUCCUCGCGUGGUCGAUCUUGAGCCGCUUAUUUCAUAUAUCAUAUGGCUUUCAUACCCUCAACGCGAAUCGGCAUGCCUGGAUACUAUGAAUGUAAUCGGAGAUAUUAUCUCUUAUCUUCGAGAGUGGCUGUGUAUUGGGGGAAAUGACUACGGGCCAAUUAUCUCCUAUCUGAAUCGGUAUAAACAUAUAUUCAGGAACAAUAAUUUACUAGCGGAUCUUUCGCUUGGCCUAUGGUCUGCUGUUGGGUCAUCGCAAUUACUAGAGGCAUUGAUCAAGCCAUGCAUUGCUGCAAGCGACAGAGUGAGCACGCAAACCGGAGGGUCCAGCCAUGUCAAUCUCACAGCUCUUGCGAUUAUUUUGGAUUAUCUGCAUGAUAAUCAAUUUCUUGCCACUGACGAUUGGUAUCUGGGAGAAUUUACCAAGAAUCUAGAAGAAGGUUAUCGACUGUUUUUAUCGCAACCUUGA